AUGGACGAAUCAACGUUCCUGAUGCUGCUGUCCGUCCUCAUGUUGGUGGCCAGUUACUUGUCGGGCAGCGUUCCGCUAGUGAUGUCCAUGUCAGAAGCCAAGUUGGAACUAGUGUCCCUAUUCGGAGCUGGCCUCCUGGUCGGUACCGCAUUGGCUGUGAUAAUACCCGAAGGAAUCCAUUCGCUCUACUCGACUGUGGCGCCACACAAAAGUGCUGAUAAUAUAACGGUCGCUGUUGACUUUAGUGAUGUGAAUUUUCAUUCAGUGAUUGGAGUUACAUUAGUAUUAGGAUUUACACUAAUGUUGCUAGUUGAUCAGCUGUCGUCAAAAUAUACAAGAGAUGUAGAAGCCGGAUUUGCCAGCCGCAACUCAGGUAGCAUGACAGCUACCUUAGGUCUUGUAGUGCAUGCUGCUGCUGAUGGUAUUGCUUUGGGUGCUGCAGCUGCCUCGACUCAAACAGAAGUGGAAAUGAUAGUCUUUAUCGCAAUAAUGUUACAUAAAGCACCAGCUGCCUUUGGUUUAGUCACCAUCCUAUUACACCACGGACUUGACAAAAAAAGAAUACGUAGACAUCUGUUAGUAUUUUCUAUGGCAGCGCCCUUAGGUGCACUACUCACUUUCUUUUGCAUAGGACAGGAAAGUAAAGAAACAUUAUCAUCCAUGAAUGCCACCGGAGCUGCCAUGUUGUUUAGCGCAGGAACAUUUUUGUACGUUGCUACAGUUCAUGUACUUCCAGAACUGAUGGUCAAAGCUUCUAGAGGUGGCAGUGAUACUUUUAACCCAAUACAAUUACUGUGCUUAGUAUGUGGUACUGUGACACCAUUAAUGUUGUCGGUCCACCACGGCCACUAA